CAACGGGCACACAAUGUUCCAACACUUUAGUCGACCAGUACAUUAGCGAGCCACCUGUUGUCGUGAAAAUUGAUAAAAAAUAAUGUGAUGGACAUUUUAAUAUAAGUGUGAAAAUGGGUGUUAAGGUUUUAGCUUUAAUAGCACUCUUAGUUGUUAGUGUACUCGGACAAGACGUUACUGUCAGUGACAACGAUGUAACAAAGGAAGUUGUGGUGGACAAUUUAGCUAGUGAGGACCCGAUAGUAUUAGACACAGUUACAGAAGCCACAAAAGAUGAAGUUGCUGAAGAUGCGAACCCAGUGGAAAUACUAAGUCCAACGGAUGAUCUGCAAGUAAGAAGCGGGAAAUAUCAGCUCAAUGAUGGGCUCGUGGGUGAAGAGCCGAUGCCACUAGAUGCUGUUAAUUUCGACUCGAAUAAUGAUGCAGGAGAGAGUGAGAAGCAGUUGCUCUCUCCUGGCACAACUCAAGUCACGAACAAUGAGUAUGCUCAUAUCGAUGGCCGAGUCUUACCAGACACCAGCUACCAGAACAAUGGCCAGCCCUACGUCAUCACGGCUGCUCGACUGGCCCAGAUCAGAGGAAACUUCAUGUACUGGUUCUAUGAUAUGGGAGGUAACGAGAACAAUGGAGAUUACCAGAGGGACAUCCACACUUCCACUCCACAGAUCCAUAAGAACUUCAACUUCCAGUUGCCGUUCUUCGGAUUUAGGUUCAAUUACACCAGGUUGACGAUGAACGGCUACAUCUACUUCAGUGACCCUCCAGACCACUACACAUACCCUCUCUCUUUCCCCAUGAGAGACUGGCCCAACGUGAACGACCCGUCCUUCAUCGGUAUCUUCUUCAGCAAGUGUCGUAUCGGCAGCCUGAAUCAGGACGAUCCUGAUCAACGAAGACCAGGAGUUUAUUUCAGAAUGGACAGAGAUCUGCAGACUCGUACAGACCAACUGGGAGUGGAGAUGAGAGAGCGUCUGACGUGGGACAUCCGUGAGGGUGUGAUCGGCUCCGAGACCUUCUUGCCCAAACACGCCAUCACCAUCACCUGGAAGAACAUGUCCUUCUCUGGAGGAAUCGACAACUCUCUGUUCAGGACAAACACAUUCCAAAUGGUGCUAGCGACUGAUGAGGUGUUCACGUACGCGAUUUUCAACUAUUUGGAGAUCAACUGGAGUUCUCACACGGAGGCUGGAGGUGAUACCACUACAGGAGAAGGUGGAACGCCUGCUUAUAUCGGAUUCAACGCUGGUAACGGAACCCAAAGCUAUGAAUACAAACCCUACUCACAAGCAUCUGUGCUUCGAGAUCUGACGGGCAGAGGAUGGGCCAACGGUUUCCCUGGACGACACAUAUUCAGGAUAGACGAGAAAAUACUUAUGGGAACUUGUAAUAAGGAUAUCGAUGGAGCAAAUCUUCCUUUGAUGUUCGCUCCUGAGAGUGGUAACAUGUUGGGAGGUACUAUCGUCAAUAUCACGGGUCCCUGCUUCAACCCUACGGACAGAAUCACUUGCCGUUUCGACACGGAGUCCGUUAUAGGCGCCGUAGUGGACGCCAAUAGGGCUAUCUGCGUCCAGCCCAGAUUCUGGCACAAUGGAUACGCUAGAUUUGAGAUCGCCAUCAACAACGAACCUUAUAAAUGGAAGGGAAAAUACUUCGUCGAAACCCCAGCAACGGCUGCAGAAAAGAUAUUCUUUACUGACAACUCAGUCCAUGAGAGGUAUCCACCAGAAAUAAGAAUAACUUGGGACCGCUUCAACUUGACUUCGAACCUCAACGUGCAACUUCAGAUCAGUUUAUGGGGCUACAAAGAGAUUACAAUCAGACCCCAACUUGAAUACAUAGAUAUUAUCGAGAUGGGCGUGGCUAACACGGGAGAAUAUGUGAUCAAUCCCCAAAACUUUAGGAACAGGGACAACUUCAUGCACAAUGACAUGCAGUUCGGUUUCCUCCAGAUUAAUUUAACUACGCCUGAAGUCUUCAAAGGAGUCUCAAUCUCGCCUGUUCUAUGGAGUCGACCCAUUCCAUUGGGUUGGUACUUCGCCCCACAAUGGGAAAGACUACACGGUUCACGUUGGCCAAAUGCCCUUUGCAACAACUGGCUACGAACGGAUCGUUUCCUGAAGAACUUCGCUUCUCAAGUAUGGGUCUGCCCAUGCACAUUGGAACACGCCUUAUUGGACAAAGGAAGGUUUAUGCCUGAUCUGGAUUGUGACAAAGACACGAACCCCACUUGCAGAUACCAUUGGGGAGGUAUACAUUGCGUCAGGAGUGGAGCACCCAGUGCGGAAGGUUCUGGCCAGCAGUGUUGCUACGACAAGAACGGUUUCCUCAUGCUGUCCUACGAUCAGAUGUGGGGAUCCAGACCCUCAAGGGCUCACGACUUCGGAUUCACUCCUUACAACGAGGCCAAUAAGGUCCCAUCGUUAUCCCAUUGGUUCCACGAUAUGAUUCCAUUCUACCAAUGUUGUUUGUGGCAAGAAGAACAGGCUGUUGGCUGUGAAACAUUCAGAUUCGAACGUCGACCUUCGCAAGACUGCGUGGCAUACCAAUCUCCAGGAGUAGCAGGAAUAUUCGGAGACCCACACAUCGUCACAUUCGAUGAUUUGCAAUACACUUUCAAUGGAAAAGGUGAAUACGUUCUGGUAAGAGUGGACCACCCACAACUGAAGCUGGACGUCCAGGGUAGGUUCGAACAGGUUCCUCGCAACAUCCACGGUCCAGUCAACGCCACACAUCUCACAUCUGUUGUAGCUGCUUCCAACAACUCCGUACCUAUUGAGGUACGUCUACGCCCCCAACACGCUCAAUGGAGAUACCGACUCGAUGUGUUCGCUGACAACAAGAGGGUCUACUUCGACAGGCCUGCUCUCCGAGUUCAGUACUUCCCAGGUGUGACAGUGUACCAGCCGAUGUACUUGCUGAACCAGUCAGAGAUUGUGAUCAUGUUCUCGUCGGGCGCUGGUGUCGAGGUGAUCGAGAACAAAGGGUUCAUGUCUGCUAGAGUCUACCUGCCUUGGACUUAUAUGAACCAAACGCGAGGUCUAUUCGGCAACUGGUCUUUGGACGUAAACGAUGACUUCACGCGACCUGAUGGCACGCGAGUCGCCGUGGACCUCAACAACUUCCAGACUGCACACAGGGACUUCGCUCAGCACUGGCAACUAACCGACAGAGAACAACGAGACAUAGGAGUGGCAAUGUUCUACCGAGAAUAUGGUAGAACCGCAGCAUACUAUAACGACAACCAAUUCGUUCCGAACUUCAUAAGGGAGCCGGCAGACUUCCUCCCUGCUAAUAGAUCGCAGGACGUGGCCAGGGCGAUAGAAAUCUGUCAGGACUCCUACCAAUGCCGAUAUGACUACGGUAUGACGCUCAACAGAGACAUGGCUGAAUUCACCAAGAAUUAUUUGUCUUCUAUUACGAACAUUAAAGAGCAGAACGCCCGUCGAGUCAUCAGCUGCGGUAUAUUGGAAACCCCUCGAUUCGGCAGAAAGAGUAACUUCUUCUUCACACCAGGCACAAGGGUGAACUUCGAAUGUAACCAAGACUUCAUUCUGAUUGGAGACAAGCGUCGAGUGUGUGAGGACAACGGACGGUGGAACCUUCCAGACUAUGGAUACACUGAGUGUCUACGUAACCAAGAGUACUCUCAGCGCGCACUGUUCUUGACCUGGGGCGUCAUAUUGGCAGUUAUUCUACCGUUAGGCCUGUUGAUUUGCCUACUGUGGUUCUGGUGCUGGUACAAGCCCCGCUCCGAAGGCAAAGACGGAUUCCGAUUCGAAGAUAUUCCGCGAUCAAAAUCUGCUUCCAGACUAAACCUAAGAACAGCUUCGAUGGGAAAUCUUACAGACACAAUGAAAUCUUCCACUUUACGUAGCACAGAUUCUGAUAAAAAGGCUAAAUUGCCAGAAACUCCCACUGAGGAGACCCCAAUGACUAGAUCUGCUCCAUUAACUAGGGCCGCCCCACCUCCCCCACAAGAUGGUGACAGCUCAGGCAUAGGGUACCCAGAUUCCAAUAAGAGUGACUCCAAUAAAUCUGACAAGUCGUUUAAAAAGCGUAGGGCCUAUGACAAAUCCUAUCGAACCAACGAACCUAUCCCGAACGCUCCUAACGAGGAAUUCCCUGAAAAACUUUGGGAUCUCUCUGAAGAAGACUUACUUUCUAUAACAUCGCCUUCAGAUACCGAAUCAAACAGAGAUUCAACUUUAACUCGUCCGGCAAAAGAUAUAGAAUACGUUGGCAGACCACGUCAACUUGGUCGCAGGGCGUUGCCUAGUGACUCAGGUUAUUCUACAAAGGAUUCUGAAGAUCCUUACUCUCCAAAGUACGAGGGUCAAUACAGCCCCAUACCUUCUGCGUAUUCUCCGACUUAUUCCGAAAUAUAUUCCCCACCGAUCAGUCCUACCUCAGACAGUCCGAGGAGUACGUUCAAUAACCCUGGCUUGCCGGACCCUCCAAAGAGUGCUCCUGCAGAUUCUAUCCAGACAUUCACCAUGCCCACACAGAAGGGUAAGCAAGAGUACUCGUCCCGUACUUUGGGAGCGACAUGGGGCAUCAUCAGCGCUAUCAUGAUACCCAUCGUGAUUGUGCUGAUAUGCAUCGGAUGGAGGCUGCUACUGCGCAAGAAGGCUGAAGAAAAGGAAGACAGGGAGUUCAUGAAUAUCAAGCCACUGGACCCUGAGGAAUCCCUUCGAAUCAACUCUGAUGAUGAGAGCAUACCGUACAAGAAGGAUACAUCAGACGACACUCCGGAGCCAACGGAACCGGUGAAGGUGGUGGAUAAUCAAGAACCUUCGCCGGAGCCUAUUCCGCCGGCGCCCAUGCCAGCACCUUUGCCAGUAGUGGGUAUACCAUACCCAGCGUAUGGCAUGCCUUAUGACCAGAGCAGACAAGCUCGGCCGUACGGUGGCGAAACGGAAAUUAACUAGUUUAAGAUUACCAAACGUAGCGUAGGCACCAAAAAUGUGUUUAGUAAUUGGGCCAAAAGACCAGUAUCUAAACCAUAAAGUGUUGCCACGCUAUGCUUGAUUAUGGUAGAAAUAAAACUGAAAUAAGUUUUCGAUAUCUUGAAAAAAUAUUUAGUUUUAUUUUUCCAAACUAAAUAAUAAGAUACUUAUAGGUUUACUUGGAUAAAAAAUUAAGGUUGCAUUUUUUAAGUUAUAUUUCGUGGUUCUAUUUUGUACAAAAACGUCCUAGAAUAUAUUUGUUUUUUUAUAUACCUACUUAUAUAAUAACUACUUUGUCUCUUAUCAAAUUAGAGUACGUUCUUUGCCUACCGUAGGAAUUAAGUAUAUUUAAAAAAAAUCCAUAAAAAAACUAAUUAGCUCAAACUAGAUUUAUAUUGGAAAAAACGUGUUUUAAUUUGGUCUUCCUACCAAUAAAAACCAGCUAAAAUUUUAAUUUUAAACCACCCAGCUAAAACUUGUGCAGAAUAUAUUUUUAUACUUUUUAAGAAAUUCAUAAGAACUUUAUAUAUUAUGUAAUAGUUAUAUAAAUGUUAAUGUUAAUCAAUAUAUAUAAAUAGUUCCCGUUGCCAUAAAUCAACAUUAACUUUGGAAUUUAUUCACUCAAAAUUCGGAAUCCAUGAAUAAUCCCACCAUUGAAAUAAUUCUAGGUUUAAGUAAAUAGGUAUGUUGUUAAAUAAGUACAAUACCUGUUUUGUGUUACAUGACAACGAUUCAGAUAAAAUAAGCAUUCUGACAUUCAUAUUCAUGUACCUAGUUAGUUAAAUAAAAUUUUAUAAUAUUA